GCUUUUAGACAACUAUGCGGCCGUGAGCUGCAAACAACCCUCAGUUCCAGCAAAAAGUAACUACUAUGGCGUCUUCGGAAUUCCAAGUCCGUCUCUACAGAGAUUCUUUUUCGACGCCCUGGGGUUUUCGGUUACAGGGUGGAAAGGAUUUUAAGACACCCUUAACAAUACAGAGGGUUUUUGUUGGUAGUCCUGCAGAAGGAGAACUUCAUAGAGGGGACAUUAUCAAUGCUAUAGAAAACUAUGAUGCAUCCCAUAUGACCCAUAAACAAGCCCAGGACGUAAUUAAAGGUUGCGGAGGAAGUUGCAGUUUAAGAAUAAAAAGAGGCGGAUCUCAGUACAACGCAGCACCAACUAUGCAGCCCUUUACCGGUUAUACUCAACCAGUUCAGCCAGCACAGCUCUACAGACCGCAACCUUUCUGCCCACCGCAGAAGACACCAACAAAUUCGGCACCAUCUUUUGGAGUAGACUAUUCUCAGCCAAGAAAGCCGGAUAGUAUGUUGACACAGGUUAAAAGAAGCUUGGAUAACGCUCUUUUUUCAGCUAACUACAUUGGUGAGAUAGCGCAACAAGGUGAUGAAGAUUACAAUCAUAAACCAGUUUCGGAAAUAAAAAGAAUGUUCACCAACGCUCCAGUAAGAAAUAAUAUGGACUUUUCGCAGAAUAGAGGUUUAAAGGAACCAGGAUGGACCCCCAAUUCUUCUAGACCUAAACCACAACAAUCUUGGGCCCCGAUUAGAGCGCCUAACACCAACGCUCCUAUACCUGUAAACAGGGCGCCUAUGGAAGUGAACCGUUUCGAGCAACAAAGCAGUGCACCUCCUGCUUGGAUGGGUACCCUUAAAAAUUCUGGAACUUUGAAACCAUGGGAAGUUAAUAGAUCUAAUGAAAUUUCUGGACAGCAACCGCCCGCCCAAAGGGUUAAUUUCAAAUCUGUUUCGCCAAAUCCGGAUGUGCAGGCAGUUCAUCAACCUCGCGUUCAAAAUAUCCAUCAUGGAUUUGAUGGACCACAAUAUCAGCAAGUUGCUGAUCAGAAUUCUGACACUGCUCAAGUCAAACACUUGCAGUAUAACUCUCCUUUAGCUCUUUACUCGAGAGAGAAUGCUAAAGAAGCAUUGGUAAGCCAAACUACUGGAAGACCUGGACAAGGAACUCUACAAGUAACGGGCGGCCCCGGUUCUAAAAAUUUUAAUAUGCAAGAUUCUGAGACAUAUAGGUUGAUUCAAGAAUCUGAAAAUCGUAGGGCUCCACAAGCUUAUAAUCAGCGUAAUGUCAAUCAGUCUCCUGCAAAACCUCAAUUCGCUGGAGCUUCCGAUUUCUAGUGAAUUUUUUUUGCCAGAACCUAACCUUUCAAAUAACGAAUGCAAUUAGUUCAUUUGAAUUUUGGAGGAGGCAUCAGAAGAUCCUGCAAACUAGUUUGAUUGAAUUGAUACCCAUAUUGACCCUUAUUCGUGUGUAGUUUAUCCUUAUCGGAGGAACAGAGUCUCAGUUAUGUUGAUUAUUUUACUAUUCUUUUCUUUUCUCCUCUAUGAUAAUUAGUAUUUAUUUUCUUUUUCUAUUUUCUCACUGUUUUCCUUAAUGUUCUCGAAACCACAAGUGCCAAAAUGAAUUGUACAGGAUUUUUGCUGUGGAAAUUUCGUCUGCUGUGAUUAAUUGAUGGUGAAAUUAAAAUUUAACAUUUUAAACGCAUCUCUUGAAUUGAAGUGUUUAAAAUGUAAAUAGAACAAAAACUUUGGACAAUGCUUAAAUAAAUUAUCCCAUCAUAUGCUUGUCGAUUGUAGCGUUUUCCUUAAAUCAAAGAGAAGGGCAAAGAAAUGCGUAUGUCAGCGGUUAACUAAAAUAGCUCUGGUUUAUCUCAUAGCUGUCUAGUCUACUUUUUUUUAGUCGGCAGCUUUUUUCUUUGCUUACGGCUAGUUUGAUAAAGUUCAUCCCAUAAUGAGUGCGAAAGAGCUGUUAUCAUUUAUCGCUCUAAUAUUUCUGAUCAUGAAACAAGACUCUCUUCUUAGCCUACCAUACAGGAUCUCUUAACGUCUUUC